CUUAGUAACUAAUUACGUUCUUAGAAACGUAGACAUCAGGCAUGGGGUCAAAAAGAGGUGAAUGGUAACAAUGAAGGGCGAAAACUCUUAAAGGAAAGGUGGAUUUUGACGUCAAAGCAAAACAAGUAUACGUGAAAACGAGAGUACUAUCGAACGUAUAUAAAGACUGACAAAAAUUGAAAUUCUUUACUUGACAUCAAAAUGAAAAAGAUAUUAAUCAUCUUGGUUUCAAUAGCUUUUGCAUUCGGUCUAGAAUCCAGAGAACAGGAUCCAUUUUACGAUGUAAGAUAUAAAGACUACGCUAGAGAUCCAAGAGAUCAACCUCUGUACGAAUCUGGAAGACCGUACAUACCAACAUUUUAUCAACAGUCUAGACCUACGGUAAUGAAACGAACUGCAAAACCAGAAUUGGACACAUUGAAACCUCAUCACCCAGCUAUAGUAACGAGUUAUUUCAAUCAAGGCUAUAAUGACGGUAAACAGACGGACUAUAAGACACAUUAUGAUCUUUCUCCACAUUAUUAUUAUCCAGAUUCUACUCAUUCUGUUUAUAGUAAACCUGUUGUAAGUGUUGUAAGUGAUUAUAGGAAAGAACGUCCUCGUGUACACGAGUUUGUACCCUUUCAAUACUAUCCAAGACCUGGUUACAUACCACAUACUCCUUAUGUUCCUCAACCAAAUUAUCGAGAAUUUUAUAAUAAUCGAAACAUGAAACCCGUUCAAGAAAAUAAGAAAAGGAUUAUAUAUGAUGGACCAUCAGUUAAAGACAGAAAUCCACUCAGUUUGUAUGGUUAUUAAUUGUACAAUGUACAAAGAAUUUCUUUAAAAGAUUAUCGGCAAUUUGCCUAAGAAAUUACAUCAUAUACUAAUAAAUUUUAUAAUAAAAAUAAUAA